AUGGUCCAAAGAUCCAAAGGAACUAAGCCUCAGGAGGUUACAGUUACAUUGCUGUGUGAAACUCCAUGUCCGGGUUUGAUUGAUCAUGGGAAUCUAGUUAAACCACUACCACAGGUAUCUUCUCAGCCAUGUCCAGUUUCAGCAUCUUUGGCACCGACUCAACACCAGCCACCACCUCCACUUCCAUCACCACCACAAACGUCACCAAUGAUUUUUGAGAAGAAAACUCUACUAACAUCACCAUCACCAAUGAAUGUUCCAAAAGCACCAUCUUUGCUUUCAUCUCCUAUCAUGGAUAGUGAAGGUGUGGUGUCACCGCCAAAGGUAAGCGGUUUUGCUUCAUUGUUAAAACCCCCAUUACUCCCUAAAGAGAAAGCAAAAAACACCACAGAGGGUACGGUAGGGGAGAGCUCAAGAGGGAAUGGUGCAAACCGAACUAGGUUGAAGCCUCUAUAUUUGUAUAAGGUUGUAGCUAAUGUAGACCAUUCAACUGUGUGGGAUCAGAUCAGUGAUGGCUCAUUCAGAUCUCUUGCAAUUUCUCGCAAAGGAAUCCUGGAUGCACUCCAAGAUGGCCAAGGACUCAGUGCUGAGACACUUGAAAGACUCACCAGAAUAGCUCCUACUCAAGAAGAAGAAGCGAAACUAAUCCAUUUCAGUGGAAAUCUAGAUAAACUUGCUGAUGCUGGGUCAUUCCUCUACCACAUCCUGAAAGCAGUUCCGACGGCAUUCAUUCGUUUGAGCCCUUCUUUUCAGAUGGAGCUACGAUUGCGAAGUUAUUCAACUUAG